UCUUAAAGCUAUCUCCAGCUGGAAGGGUUGGAGGAGUGUGGAGAGAACGAAGGGCACAUUUGUCACUGUAGGACUUGGAGGACUUGCAGGACUUCAGAUUUGUUGCUUGAGUUUUUUUUGAGGUACAGUUUCAUUCAUCUUCUGAGGUAUCGUUGGUUAUAUAUUUUUUGGUUUUGUUACUGCAUUAACUGUAUUUUAUCACGAAGACAAAGCUGGCUACAUUGUGCAGAGAAGCUUGUCUUUCAGUUUUUUUGCGGACGUUAGAUUGGACUGGCGUUAGACUUGGUCCUGCUUUGAUUAUUGGUUUCACACUGCCACUAUGACGACUUUGGAAGCUAGUCAUAGUCCUGGAAUUGACCUCAUUCAGGUCAGGAUCGAGGGUCUCAGCAGCAAAAUCGACACGCUAAUAGACAUCCAGGAGAAGGUCCUGAACCGCCUGGACAGCAUGUCCCAGGAUCUGGACGGAAUAGAGCGGGACAUGGAGACUCUGAAGCUGGACAAGGAGGAGAUCCACUUGCCUCCAAGAGUAACCACUGAUGGACCAUCUCGAGACAACAGAGGCGAGGUGAAGGAAAUGUGCAAAGAAAUGAGCAGCAUGAUGACGGAGGUGAACCAGCGCUCAGAGCAGCAGAACCAGAAGCUCGAGGGCAUGGAGAGGCUGGUGCUGAGCAUCCAGCAGGUCGUCAGCUUCAUUGGGGAAACCGUCAAGACUUCCAAAGUCAUGGAACUCAUGUUUAAGGGGCCAGCGGCUCGCAAGGGGCUCAAGAACAAGGAUAGCAAGGGCAAGCAACCUGCCAAGAGACAGGCCUCUGGGGAAGGUCUACCAGGCAAGAAAUCCACUUCUAUAAAAGCCAUUAAAGGGACAGAAGAGUUAACCCUGGCAUGUGAGGAACCCAGCAGCCUGGAGUCUACGCACAAGUUUAAACUACACGGACCAAAGCAUUACCUUUCCUCAAAGAAACCCUUCAACCUUCUGAAGGAUCAUAAGCCAAAGGAUGGGAAGGAGAAGUCUCGUCUGAGUCUCAAGGGCUUGAAGGCACAGAAGAAGAAGAAGCCCCCAGACACUACAGACGUCACCUCUCUGAAGAAGCAGGCCCUGCUGCUGGAGGAGGUUCAGAAACUAAACCGAGAAAAUGCUGAGCGAUCCACCGUGUCUGUGGAGCUGGAGGUUCUGGAGGAGCCUGUUCAGGACCUCAUCCUGGAGGAGCCCAAGGCUCCCAUAGCCGAGCAGGAGGAGCUCUCGGAGGAGGAACCGGAGGCCAGAGAUGAGCCUAAACAGGAGGAGGAAGAAGUAAAGGUGGAGAAGGUGGAGAAGGAGGAGAAUGAACCUGAGGAGAAAGCUGAAGAGGAGGUGGCAGAAAUCACAGAGGUGCUGGAGGAGGAGAAAAAGGAGGAGGAGCCUUUCGGCGUUCCUGAGGUGGAGGCUGAGAACACAGUCCAGAGAUGUGAAUCUGAACAAGUGGACGAGACGACCACCAGCAGCAAGCGGCGAGUAACGGAGGAGGACCUGGAGCUGGAGGACCACAAGAAGAGCAGGGUGGAAGAGGGUGAACAGGAGGAGGAAAGCCCAGUGGAGGUGCCUGAAGAUCUGCGGGGUGUUUUUAAAGCGGACGGGGUGGAAAUCCACUUAGAUUUCAGCAAAAUCAAGCAGCAGCAGCAGGAGGACAUACCUGACGACUCGGAGUGUGAACAGUUCUUCAUUGACUGCACCCCACCGCCAGGAGCUCCCUUCAACCACCGCGUGGUUUCAGCCAAACCCAACCAAAUCAACAACUUCUACACCAUCAACCGGCAGGAAGUCCUGGGAGGAGGCCGUUUUGGUCAGGUUCACAAGUGUAUUGAAAAUUCCUCUGGACUCACACUGGCAGCAAAGAUCAUCAAAGCAAGGUCUGAGAAGGAAAAGGAGGUGGUAAAGAAUGAAAUUCUGGUCAUGAACCAACUGGACCAUGCCAACCUGAUCCAGCUCUACGCAGCUUACGAGUCCCGGAACGACAUCAUCCUCGUCCUUGAAUAUGUGGACGGCGGGGAGCUUUUCGACAGGAUUAUUGAUGAGAACUAUAAGCUGACUGAACUGGACUCAGUCAUGUUCAUCAGACAGAUCUGUGAGGGUCUGCGCCACAUGCACAAGAUGUAUAUCCUUCACCUGGACCUGAAGCCAGAGAAUAUCCUGUGUGUUAGCAGACUGACAAACAAAAUCAAGAUCAUCGACUUUGGGCUCGCAAGGAAGUAUCAGCCCAGAGAGAAGUUACGGGUGAAUUUCGGCACUCCGGAGUUUCUGGCUCCGGAGGUCAUCAACUACGACUUUGUGUCCUUCAACACGGACAUGUGGAGUCUGGGAGUGAUCGCAUACAUGCUUUUGAGCGGUCUGUCGCCUUUCCUCGGAGACGACGAUAACGAGACCCUGAACAACAUCCUGUCCUGCCAGUGGAACUUUGAGGAAGAUGAGUUUCUGGGGAUUUCAGAGGAGGCCAAGGACUUCAUUUCCAAACUGCUCCUCAUCAAUAAAGGCUGGAGAAUAGGGGCUACUGAAGCUCUGAAGCACCCCUGGCUCUCAGACCCAGCAGUCCAUCAUCGCCUGCGCAUGAAGAAGAACAUGUGCAGAUCGCGGAGAAAUUCCUGCGUUCCUCUCCCCGAGAGCUAAUGUAAAGGAGCGCCCUGGCCAGCUUUAACUACCAGCCGAGGCCAUCUGGACCAAGCCUGCUGUGCCUGGACAUUACUUGUACACAUUUACCUACCUGUUAGCUACACUGUCUGGAUCAGUAAUCGCACAACUUAUCGCCUUCCUGGUAACUGCAGUCACUUUGCUUGUUACACCUUGUGCCUGCACUGUUAAAAUAGCGUCAGAGUUUAGGAAUAAAUCUAUACUGAUGGGUGUGGUGGUCUGAAGUGGAAGUGAGGUGUGUUCAGGUAAAUUUCUGGCGUGUUUCUAUGUUGGUAUCAGAAAACACAGGUGCGCCACUGACUGACUAAAACCAUGUACACCCCCACUUGUUAAACACACAAAUAAAUGUGCUACAAAGUGCAAAUCCAGCUUUUACAUCAACAAUAAACAAUAUAAAGAAUAAAAUAACACUGCUGGUCUCUUAAAUGAUCAGCUAGUGUAUCUUCUCUGUUAAGAUGCACAAAAGCCCCACGCUGUAAAGAUAUGAAAGCGCCAAAGUCAGAGCUCACCUGGUUCUUAAAGAGAAUGACAACCAACACACUGAUUUCACGUUACACGCAAAAUUAACCACACCCAAAAAUUAUGAGUAAAAUUUAUUUUUAAAAAAGUUUUGCAACUUUUUGCAUUUGUUUUUUUUUUAAGUAAAUUUAAUUUCAGAUAAAUUUAAGUGACUUCAGCUCGGUUUCAAGACUUGUUAACUGAACUUCAGUCACUUUUAAUAACAUUUACUUAAUUUCUGCAUACAAUAUUCCCUAAUUACAAUUACUUAAUGUAUACAAUAUUACUCAAAUAAUUGUAUUCAUAAUAUAAUUAUAAUUCCGGAAAUUUAAAUAUUGUUUUAAAGAAUGUGUUACAGUCCAUCCAUGUGCUGAGACAGUGUAAUAUGUGUGUUUUAACCAAAAAAUAUUUAAAUUUCAGGAAUUAUAAUAUAUUAUGUAUCAUACAUUAUUUGAGCAAUAUUGUAUAAAUGAAGUAAAUGUAAUUAGGUAAUAUUGUAUGCAGAAAUGAAGUAAAGUUUACUAAAAGAAAGGAUUGACUGUAGUUCAGUUCACUUAUUUACUCUUUGUAACAUUUAAGUCUUGAAAACGAGUUGAAGUUAAAUUAAAUUUAUCUGAAAUUAAAUUUACUUAAAAAAAAGCAAAUGCAGAAAGUUGCGAAACUUUUUCUAAGUUAAUUUUACUCAUCGUUUUUUUUCAGUGCAUUAUCUAAUUACCCAAGUGUAAGUAAACUCAUUGAUCUGAUUACUGUUCAGAUCUGAUUUUUAGCAUUUAAACACUUUUAUUAGUAUCAUCACUGUAGUAUAAAUGAUUUACAGACAUCGUGUGACUGUAAUAGUGACCAGAAGGCACCGUAUGGGUCUGUUCCACUGAUAGACUGUCUAGAUGUGAAGAGAACGCCACUGUGCAGCAGGAUGAGCUUGUUUUUUUUUUUUUUGAGGUGUUUUAAUGAUGUUGUGUGUGAGUAUUGCAGAGUAUUGUGUCUUUAGUUCUGUGUGUAAACCCAGGUUUGAUGAUCAAAAGGACUGCCAAAGAGAGUUAUGAGAGAACCUUCAUGUAGUUUAGGUACGGUAGUUAUAAUAUGUUUAUAUGUUUAUUCUGAUGGGAUCUCUUCUAGUUUUAUAAAUGUACAUAAAUAUUAAUAUUAUAACAGAACAGAGCAGAUUAUAGUUAACAGUUUAGAGAUGUUUUAGGGAAGCAUGAUCUCUUGCAGUGUAUAUAUACGUACAGCAAUAUAUACAUACAUAUUUAUAUAUAUAUAAUAUAAUAUAAUUUGUGUUUUCUUUAGUUCUGUAAUUUUGCCUUAUGUUAAAACCCCAAUUUUGCCAGUUCUGUGUUAAGCUGUCCAAUAAGGGUCGACUCGACUGAGAGUACUGUAACGGUUGAUUUUACCAAUCAUGUAUUUCCAAUUGACUGAAGCAUUAAAUCUGAUACAGGUGUAGAAUUAUAGUAUUAAUAAGCGAAUGUCAUUUUUCUGAGGUGUUAAAAAUAAUUUGGAGGAAUCUCUGUAUUGCCCUGAAUCACAUUGGAUUAUAAAUUGUCUGAUCAAUAAUUAUAUAAUCUGGCACAAAAACAGAAAGAUUGCAAUGUGAACUGACAAUACAUACAAAUUCAUAACCCCAAUAUAUAUAUAUAUAUAUAUAUAUAUAUAUAUAUAUAUAUAUAUAUAUAUAUAUAUAUGAUUUCUGUGAAUGUUACAGACAUACCUGCAUGUGUUCACCUAUUAUGCUGCAUUUUGUGCACUUUACUGUGUUAUUUAUUUUUUAACAGAUGAUGUCCACUGACUGAUCAGAUAGAUUGUAAAAGCCAAUACACUUUAGAGGAUGUGUGUUUUGUAAGCCAGUAGUUCUGUAACUUUCCAUAUUGUUUAUGUGUGAAUGAAUGACGAAGAAAAAAAAUAUAUACAUUUUUACAAUACAUUAAAGUCAUUUAAGUCUUA